CCUGCCUUGGGGAGGGUCUUUGGCCAGCACUUUCUGGACGCCUCUAUCUGUCAGACUGACCGAGGUCGAAGCCCCAGCAGGCGUAUAAAACAGAGGUGUGGGCCAGGAAACUUCAAGAACAGCGCGAGUAGAGGAGCAGAUUAGUAGUUUUCCUAAGUUUCUGAUUUCGCCUUUACGCACAUUUUAGUCCGUGCGUAAAAACGCGCAAGAGGUCUUGACGCCAACUUGGAAAAACUCGUCUAAAGCUUCAAGAAGGGACACCUUUCGACCUUCAGUCCGGGUUACUUGAGGUCUUUCACACUUCCACCAUGGCAGAGGGUGAUUUCUACACGCUGGGCAGCAGGCAGAGGAUUCCCAGAGACCCGUUCGCUCCACAUUUCAUGGACGACGAUUUCAGCAUGCCGGCUUUUCCAGACGACAUGGCCAUGGACUGGCCUGGCUGGGGGCUUCCCAGGAUCACGAGUCGCCGCAGCGCGCCCUGGCCCAGCGGCCUGCGCUCCACUUUCACACCGCGGAGAUACACGGAGCCCCCGCGCUGCCCCCCGGCCAGCCACCCGGACGAGCCGUGGAAAGUGUGCGUGAACGUGCACAGCUACAGGCCCGAGGAGCUCAGCGUGAAGACCAAAGACGGUUUUGUGGAGGUUUCAGGGAAACAUGAAGAGAAGCAGAACGAGGGAGGAAUCGUGACGAAAAACUUCACGAAGAAGAUUCAGAUCCCGGUGGAUGUGGACCCCCUCACAGUCUUUGCCUCCCUGUCUCCAGAGGGUGUGUUGAUCAUCGAGUCACGGCAGACCCCUCCUUACUACCUCUACUGCAACGAAACCCCUGCAGAGCCCACGGACGAGCCCGAGGCCAAACCGCAGGAGUCCACCAUGGCUUAGAACGUGACCCAAGCAGCCCUCAGCACAGCCAGUCUGGUCAGUGAAGACCACGUGGACAUGAUGUUUGCUCCAAGCAAAUUCCUACUGCAACCCCUAACUUGAAAUAUCUUGUGAUGAGCAUUUCGACAAACUAGUUAUGCCGCUGGGCUUCCACUGUGCCUUCCUGCAGAGUUUGCUUACUAGCACCACAUCUUAUACUCUUCUUCAUCCAACCAAUCAAGGUCUUCUCAAAGCCUCGCAGAUUGCAGUUGGAAGUAAACUCUGUAGGAAGGUGGAUUUAGAGGAGGAGGGUUGGUGAUCAGUGAGUUAGCGUAGGAGUUAUUUUAUUAUGAAGUAGCAAGUGGUUAGAUCAAAUUAGCACAUACAUGUGGUCCUCAAAGACAUUGUUGAUUGAUGCAAGAGUUGAUUAAGCCCAUUUUCAAAUUUUCAUUGUGAAUAGAGUUGAUGUGCUUGUAAGAUAUUGAGCAGAUAUUGAUCUUCAUAAUUAGUGGAUGAAUAACUUCCAGAGCAGUUUGCUUGAAGUUCAGCAGUAGCCUUAAGGCAGAUCAGAUGUUUAGACACAGACAAAGUCUUCUGCAAAGUGAAUGUUGCAAGGUGAAAGGUGGAAAAGGUCAGUGGUCAGGAUCAGGCCUGUGGUUUGGAGAGACUUUAAGGACUUUUUCACCUUCCUACUAGCUGUAGAAGUCCAGAUCCAAUUCCAGGAUGAGUUGUAAUCUGUACCCAGAAUACAUUGAUUUGGAUACAAAUCGGGCGAUGCAAGGUGUGUUUUCUGAGUAUGAAUUCUGCUUGACUGUUAUGUGAAGCUCUGUGCAUGGUCCAGACUGUUGGGGUUCACUUUUAAUGCUUUACAUUUUUUUUCUUGCCUUUUUUUUUCUUUUUGAAAAUCCAGUUUUUCUUGUGAAGAUUUGGUGUGUUUUAUAACUAAAUGUAUUUAAAGUUGCUAGCCUUUUAUUUAUCUGCGAAAGGAAAUUAAGUGGAAAAACAUUCAGUUUUGCUUAAAGUGAAUGUUAGUAUUUUAUCAGUUGAUGUUUUUUUCUGAUGCUCUUGUCACUGUAAAUAUAGAGUUUGUAACUCAUACUGAGAAAUUAUAUAAAAUAAAAUGUCUUACUGAAA